UCUGAGCAUUCGUUCAAUUCCUCGCCGUCGUUUCCACCUGCCUCUGCUGCUGGGAACCCAUUCUUACGCCACUCAAAAUGAAGUGGCUAUCGGCCGCAAUUUGCUUGCAGCUGGCCCAUGCGUUGGCUGGAGCACCACCACCUUACUCCAAUGUCGCGCGGCAGUCACCCAAUAACUCCACCCCACCGCCCGAUUCGAAGGAGGCAUUCUCCCCGCCGAAGUAUCCAUCGCCAUGGAUGGAUGGCUCGGGCGGUUGGGAACAGGCGUACGCCAAGGCCCAGGCAUUCGUCAAGCAAUUGACUCUGCUGGAGAAAGUCAAUCUCACCACCGGAGUUGGUUGGGAAGGAGAAGCUUGUGUUGGUAAUGUCGGCGCUAUUCCACGCCUCGGUUUCCCGGCUCUCUGCAUGCAGGAUUCUCCAUUGGGAGUCCGUUUCGCUGAUUUCGUCUCUGCGUUCCCUGCUGGUGGCACUGUGGCUGCAUCAUGGGAUCGCGGUGUUUGGUAUGAGCGUGGUUACCAGAUGGGCUCGGAGCAUCGCGGCAAAGGAGUCGACGUCCAGCUAGGUCCGGUCGUAGGACCCCUAGGCCGUAGCCCCGAAGGCGGACGUAACUGGGAAGGCUUCAGUCCUGACCCAGUCCUAUCUGGCAUUGCUGUCGCCGAGACCAUUCGUGGUAUUCAAGAUGCGGGUGUCAUUGCUUGCACCAAACAUUACAUCCUGAACGAGCAAGAGCAUUUCCGCCAGCCCGCCACAGUGAAUGGGACUUUCUUAGAAGCCAUCAGCUCCAACGUCGACGACAAGACGCUCCACGAACUCUAUCUAUGGCCGUUUGCCGAUGCAGUACGAGCUGGAACGGGCAGUAUCAUGUGCUCUUAUAACCAAAUCAACAACAGUUAUGCUUGUCAGAACAGUUAUCUCUUAAACCACAUUCUCAAAGGGGAGCUUGGCUUCCAGGGCUUUGUAAUGAGCGAUUGGUCCGCUCAGCAUGCUGGUGUCAGCAGUGCUCUUGCUGGUCUGGACAUGACCAUGCCUGGCGACACUGCUUUUGAUACUGGCCUGUCUUUCUGGGGCACGAACCUCACCAUCUCCCUCCUCAAUGGUACUGUUCCGGAAUGGAGACUCGAUGACAUGGCAACUCGAAUCAUGGCCGCAUACUACUUUGUCGGCCGCGACACUGCAUCAGUUCCCGUCAACUUCAAUUCUUGGUCCCUCGACACAUUUGGCUAUGAGCAUCCUUACGCUUCCGUAGGUUACGGCUUGAUCAAUCAGCAUGUCGAUGUUCGAGCCGAGCAUGCAUUGGCCAUCCGGUCUGCAGCUGCUCGUUCUACUGUUCUUCUGAAGAACACUGCAGGAACUCUGCCCCUAGAAGGCACCGAGAAAUUCACUGCUGUCUUCGGAGAAGAUGCUGGUGAUAACGCCUAUGGACCAAACGGCUGCCCAGAUCACGGUUGCGACAAUGGCACUCUCGCUCAAGGCUGGGGCUCCGGGACUGCGAGUUUCCCCUACCUCAUCUCUCCUCUCACAGCAAUCCAAAACGAACUCCUUCAAAACGGCAAGGUCGUGCAGAGCGUCACGGACAACUGGGCUUACACUCAAGUUCAAGCACUUGCCAGGCAGGCAAGCGUUUCCAUCGUGUUUGUCAAUGCCGACAGUGGUGAGCAGUACAUUGUUGUCGACGGCAAUGAGGGUGACCGCAACAACCUCACGCUGUGGGGAGACGGUGACACAUUGAUAAAAAAUGUCACGGCCAACUGCAACAAUACGAUUGUUGUUAUCCACUCUGUUGGACCAGUCUUGGUAGAUGCCUGGUACGACAACCCGAACGUCACCGCGAUCCUCUGGGCAGGUUUGCCCGGAGAGCAAUCUGGAAACUCCAUCGCCGAUGUUUUGUAUGGCCGCGUCAACCCUGGAGGCAAAUUGCCAUUCACUAUGGCUAAGACCAGGAAAGACUUCGGAACGGAUCUGAUAUACACGCCAAACAACGGAGACAACGCGCCGCAGGAUGACUUCGUGGAGGGCGUAUUCAUCGACUAUCGUCAUCUCGACAAGUAUAACAUCGCUCCAAUCUAUGAGUUCGGCUACGGAUUGAGCUACACUACAUUCAAGUACUCUAGUAUCAGCGUUUCGAAGACUUACAGCGGACCUUAUACUCCUAACGAAGGCACGACGGCGGCCGCUCCGACGCUCGGGAACUUCAGCACCGAUCCAGCAGACUACCAAUUCCCAUCCAACCUAACGUAUGUGACGGCAUAUCUCUACCCGUACCUCAAUUCGACGGAUCUCGAGAAGGCCUCUCAAGAGCCUGAUUAUGGCCAAGACGGUUGGAUCCCUGACGGUGCAUUGGACGGCUCGCCCCAGCCUCGCAUCGCGGCUGGCGGAGGACCGGGUGGCAAUCCCCAGCUUUGGGACACGCUCUUUGCCGUCACUGCGACGAUUACCAAUAAUGGCACUGUUGCUGGAGAGGAAGUGGUGCAGCUGUACGUCUCUCUGGGUGCCCCCGACGACCCGAAGGUUGUCCUCCGCAACUUCGAGCGUCUGAGCAUCCAACCUGGACAAUCAGCCACGUUCACCGCGGACAUCACGCGGAGAGACGUGAGCAAUUGGGAUACGGAGAGCCAGAACUGGGUCAUCUCGGAGUAUCCGAAGAAGGUGUAUGUGGGAAGCUCGUCGCGGAAGCUGCUGCUGAGCAGCGACCUCUCUUUCUGAGGGCUCUCAAAAGUAACGGGCAACGGCGUAUUACUCGUCUCUGGCUAGGGACGCGGGGUUAUGAUAAUGAAUAGUGUGC